AUGUUGUAAAUGGUUUACUGUUAUCAAUAUGUUCCAAUACCAUAAUAUUCUCAGAAUAAGAGCUUAGAAAGUUCAUAGAAUCAAGAUCCAAUUUCUGUUUAAGGGAUACCUGAUGCUGGAAAGAACAGUGCACAAUCUGAUUAAUAUAAUAUGAAUAAUCAAAAUAAUGAGGUAUAUGAUCAUAAAAGCACGUGCCAUCCAAUCAAUGAUUACCGCACUUACUUCUAAAAUCCUACUUAAUAGAAGGAAGUGAACUUAUACAAUCCCAGAAUGAUGUAUUGCAUGCCAUAAUAUAUGCAGUAUUACACUAAUCAAAAUCUAAAUUAUCCCUAAUAAUGCUAUUAGAUAAUAUAAACUGGGAGUCAAUAAUAUUAAAUAGGCUUGAAUAGCUAAAACAAUAGUAAUUAUCAAAAUUCAUUCACUAACGAAAUUAGAAAUCAACCCACAUAAUAUACAGGAUAAUAAAUACCUCCAUAAGAAUAGUAAAGUCAUGACAAAUAAAAAUCUCCUUCUAUUUUUAGUCAUGAAGAUAAUGCAAAAACUAUAUUAAAUAAACAAAUUAAAAUUGAUUAAAAUCGCGAAAACAGUAAUUAUUUUAUUAAUAAAAAUAUAAUUGCAUUUCAUGAAAAUAUAGCCUCGAAAUAAAUGGAGCUGUUAAACUCUGCAAGAAUUGACGAAGACUAUGAGAUUGAACAAGAUAACAAAUAUGAAUUUACAUAAGACAGAAGUAUAAUUAAGAAAAAUGUAAUACAACAAACUAAAAAAGAAGAAGAACAAGCCAGCCUAAAUAUAUAAUAACCAAUAAAUCAAGGUGUUUUUAAAUUAUUUAAAAAGCCAUAAAUUUAAUCAUCAAGCAUCUCUGAAAAUUCUAUAAGCAGCUUUGAUAAAAUUAAUAUCUUGAAUAGCUAAAAUGAAAAAAACCUAAAUUCUAUUAUAUUCCCUGAACAGAAUUGGUAAAAAGAAGAUAUCAAAUAAGAAUUUUAUUAUUUACAAAGUAAUGAUGAAUUUUAAAAAAAUAAUAAAGAAGGGGAUAUAAAAAAGAAAAUUACCUUUAAACAAAAUUUUUCACCCUAAAAAGUUGAAUUAAUUUAAAAAGAAAAAGUUAACAAAAAUUAAUUGAAAGCCAAUUAAUAGAAUAUACAAGCAAACAAUUUCAGAUUAACUCCAGAUUAACUUUAAAUAAAAAAUCAAAAUUGCGCUAUUAUUAAAAACGAAGAUUAUGAAAAAUACUCCGAUUAAUAAUGUAAAACCUACAAUUUAGAUGAGCGCUUUGAUGAAUUAGAACAUUUCUUACCCAAUUUAUCAAAACACGAAAUAUAGAAUGAGAAAAUUGUUGAUAAAAUUAGCAAAAAUAUUAAAAAAAGCAAAAGCGAGCUAAGUGUAAGUGUUAAAUAAAGUGCAUAACGUAAGCUGAAUUCAAAAAAAGUAAUUUAGAACAGCAAAUAGAAAAUUGAGAAAAUUCAUAAAAUUCAUUAAUAAGCACAAGCUAAAAAUGAAGCUAGCCAAUAAUAAAUACAAGAAAAUAAAUUAACUGCCACUAAAUAAAAACUUGCAAAAAAAUAUGACUAGCCUUAGGAUAGCUCGAAAAAGUUAAAAUUCAAAAAUAUCAAUGAAUAAUGGUAAAAAGAAUAGUAAUAGCUAAUGUUUCCAGCUAAAUUUUAAUCAAAACAAUCAAAGAUAAAUGAAUUAAAUUUAUCUAAAGCUCCAAUAGAUAUAUGCAAUUAAAACCCGCUAUCUAUAAAAAUAAACUAAAAUCACUCUUGUGAUCAUGUUCUUGAAUAAUAAAAUGACGAUUUAAAAUAUUCAGAGCCAAACCAAAAUAAUAUUUGUGAUUUCCAGAAUAGUAAUCAGUUAAUUGAUGGAAGUUAUUUAAAUUAAGUAAAUAACAUAUUAUCUUAAUAAAAAAAAGAAAAGUAAAUUUAAAAAUCUGAACAAGAACUUCAAAAAAGUUAAGAUAGCGAACAAAAUGAAUAUUUAAUAAAAGAUUAUUUAAAAAUCUAAAAGAGCAAUAGUGGAGAUGAUGAUAAUGAUUAAGCUAAAAGAACUCGAAUUAUUUUUUCUAAGAAUUUACUAAAUAAUUCAAAUAAUGAUAAUUCCUCUGCUAUUAAAGGCCUAAGAGUUUUAAAAGAAGAUAUAGAUUAGUGUGAAUUCUAAUUGAGCAGCGAUAUACCUAAUUAAACUAUCUAGUUUUAAUGUAAGUAAUAAAAAAAUUGUGAAAAUCAACAAAAUUAAGAUAAUAAGAAUAGUAUGAUAUCAAAAGAAAAUUUAUAAAUUAAAAACUUAAUAAUAGACGCAAAUCAAAAAGAACACCAGUAAGAAAGCAUAAGCGAAAACCCAAUAGAAAUAGAAAUCGAAGAUUUAGAUAGCCAAGUUGAUGAUGACUAAAUAUUCUAGGAUAAUUAGCACUAAUAGAGUAGCUAAGAAGAUGAAGAUAACUAAAUGAGUAAAGUUGCAAUAGGCAAUGCCUCUAAAAAUAUUUUAAAGGCAUUUUAAAAGUACAUAUCCAACCAUGAAAAGUUUUCAUAAUGCACGAUUAGCUCUUUGAAUAGAAUGUAUCAAAGAAAUACUUUGAGCAACUUAUUGCUCAUAAAGAUCUAUUUGAAUCAGCGCUAUAAAAAAUUGAUGAACGAAUUUAUCGAAUCAUAUGCUUAGGAUUGGUUGAUUCAGAGCAAAGUGUAAAAUCUAGAAAUCCAUCUUAAGAUUUUGGAAGAAUUAAAAAAUAAUAAUGUUUCUAUUUUAAAAACAAAAAAAAAAAAAUAUUAACGCAAAAAAAUAACUGAAUUUAAUAAUCAUGCCAAGAGAAAAAAUUCAUAGCAAAGCAAUAAAACAGCAACAAUCAACGAAAAUUGA